AGGUAACUGUUGCGAAAACUUACCUAUGAAACCCGUUACAUGUUUUAUACGAGUUAACACCGUUACAGUACAGUUCAAGGUAAUAUAAAACUUUGCAUUAAUUCAUUUUAAAAUAUAUGUUCGGGUGCAUCUCUCACUUCCUCUCGGAUUAUUCAUGAAUUAAGUGAAAUCAAAAAUCAGGCCAAAGGUCAGAAGGUCAGAAAUAUAAAAAUCCAAGAUGGCCGACCUCUCGCAGAAAGAAUGGGAUCGUUUCGAGAAGCCGGAACACAGUCACGUGUAUAAGCAGAUCGCGACAGUGAUGCACAAGGGAAUAUCACAGGAAGAGGUGGCGCAGUUCUAUAGCAAAUGGGCAGACGACCUGCAGUAUGAGAAAGAGCUACCAGAAGACGUUUACAAUGCGCCAAUUGUGACAGCAGCAGCGGCCGCCGACGGAAUGACGGCGGAGGAAAAAGCGUCGGUGCGUGUGUUUGACGUCGCUGCCGGCACCGGCUUGUGCUCUCUUUGGCUUCGUUCCCAUGGUUUCCAACACAUCGACGGCCUUGACCCCUCGGAGGGAAUGCUGGCGAAGGCUCGGGCCAAGAACUUAUAUGAUCGCUACAUAUGCGACUUUAUCACGGAUAAGAGGCUCGACAUUAACGACGACACGUACGAUGUGCUGACAGUCAGUGCAGGGCUUGGCGAGGGACAUAUCCCGUGCUGUGCUCUGUACGAGAUGGUACGAGUUGUCAAACCAGGUGGUCGCAUUGUCAUCGUAACUCGAGCCCAGCACCUAGAGACUGUGGAGGAGUACAGAGACCGUCUCGAACCUCUUAUGGACCGUCUUGAAGUCGAGGGAAAAUGGCAGAAACUGGAGCGGAAAAUAUUUCCUGGAUUUUUCUUGGAUAAAGAAGGAAUUCUGUGGAAGUACCAAGUGUGCUAAGAGUGCAUGUCAGGAACGAUAUAAUUACUGUUUCAUGGGGUGAAUUCGCGGUUCCCGUACCUUGUAAAUACGAAGACGCUCAUAUUUAGGGACUAUUUAAUGGUGUAUAAACGUUCGUUCGAAAGUAUACCGAAAUAAUUAACCCAUUUAUGCCAAGUAGACUAUCCUUUGCUUCAAAAUUGGAUCAAUUUAUUUCUAAAAUAAGGGCUAUCUGGUAUAUUUAUUUUUAUAUUUAGAAUAUUUCUUACAGAAAUUCCUUUAAGCAAACAGCGCAGACCCUGAUGAGACGCCGCAUCAUGAGGCGUCUCAUCUGAGUCUACGCUCUUUGCCAGGGCCUUUUUUCUAGACGCUAGGCAUAAAUGGGUUAAUACGUUUUUCACAGAUUCGUUAUCGAAUAAGUUGGAAAUCACAGUACAACAAUAAAACGUAGCAACUU